CUGGGAACUUAGAAAAGACAACCCGUUCUAUCGACAGUUUUUCAAUACCCCACAACCACUGUCGCGUCAAUCAGGCACACACACCGUCACCAGACAACAACAUCAACAAAAACAAGAAAAAUUGCUGAUGUCGAUAUGGCCGACGCAGAAACGCCUCCUCUCUGCCAAGGGGGGUUUGGAUUGCACCGACACGUGCAAAUGGUGGCCAACACCGAAGAUCGCGCAACUCUCAAGAAGGCUUACGACGGCCUCCGGGCUGCAAACGAAGAGCUUGCGGGGCUGGAACGUGAUCGCGAGCGCUGGAUGGCUACCAAAGCGAUUUACUUCCAAACAGGGAACAAUCGGCCGUCUCGUCGUGAACGAGAGAUUUGGGAGAGCUUCAGAGAUUGGUGGUCCCACGCCGGCCGAAACGCUGUCCUCGAGUCCGAAACCAGCAUCGACGAAGAGCUCAGCAGACUAAACGUUUCGAGCCACAGCCCUCGAGAAACCCAAGACGCUCUUCGCCACUCGAUCAACAAACUCUCGCGCCCGUUUUUUAAGAAACCUGUACAUCCUAGACAUGCCCGACGAGAUUCUUCUCUUGGUACUCAACCUUUUGCGCGGCUCCCAGCCCGACGAGUGCUCAGAAUGGCAUAUCGGUACAGAGGAUAUUCGGAACUGCCGUCUGACCUGUCGGCGUCUUUGCAGCCUCAGCGACCCGAUGCUCAUUCGUCUUAUACGCCUUAGACUCACGCCUUCGUCUUUUGAGCGCCUGGGGGAAAUUUCCCGUCACCCCACUAUUAGAAGAGCUGACCCAACAACGAAAUCGCCCAUCAACGAAAUUGACCCACACCAUACCCACACCCACUCCACGGGCGCAAAUCAUCCACUUCUACAGAAAAUAACUAGCCAAAAAGUACUCAAUCCUCUUCUUCAGCCUCUCUGUAUCGCUCGAGCCCACGGGCGAUUAUUUCCCGGGCUUCUUCGACUGCAUGUGGCUGAUUUGGUGCCCGGGCCGGUCUUUUUCGCUUGGGGCAUCUGCCAGGCUUUUUGGGCGUUGUCAAUGUCCUGAAUACCUGCAAAUUUCUCAUUUCCAUCUUCGUAUACCCUC